AUGAUUCAAACAGGAGAUCCGACUGCUACGGGGAAAGGAGGAGAAUCUAUCUUCGGUAUACUCCAUGGUCCACAAAGACGGUAUUUCCCAGCAGAGGUUCAUCCAAAGCUAAAGCAUAAGAAAAAAGGAACCGUAUCCAUGGCUGUUGCUAGCGACGGAAGAGAAGGCGGUGGAGUCAGCGGAUCGCAAUUCUUCAUAACGACUGCUGAUAAUCUAGAUUAUCUUGAUGGAAAGUACACUGUUUUUGGAGAAGUUGCAGAGGGAUUUGAUACUCUGGAAACCGUCAACGAUGCUUACUGUGACGAAUCUGGUCGGCCAUACAAAGAUAUUCGAAUUAAGCAUACCAUAAUCCUUGAUGAUCCAUUUCCUGAUCCAGAAGGACUCGUAGUACCCGACGAAUCGCCUAAACCGAGUAAAGAGAUGCUAGAAACAAUCCGUAUCGCCGAGGAUGAAUCAAUUGAGCCAGAACUACCCCCGGAAGAGCUUGAAAAAAUGCAGCGACGGAAGGAAGCAGAGGCUCAAGCAUUGACAUUGGAGAUGAUUGGUGAUAUUCCAUUUGCAGAAGUGAAGCCUCCUGAGAAUGUAUUGUUUGUGUGUAAGCUUAAUCCGGUUACACGUGAUGAAGACAUGGAAUUAAUAUUUUCUCGUUUUGGACCUAUAAGUAGUUGUGAAGUCAUACGUGAUAAGAAGACCGGUGAUUCGCUUUGUUAUGCGUUCAUUGAAUUUGAGAACAAAGAGGACUGCGAGACUGCUUACUUCAAAAUGAACAAUGUGUUGAUUGACGAUAGGAGAAUUAAAGUAGACUUUUCCCAAUCGGUGUCCAAGUUGCAUAGAGACUGGGUUGUUUCGAAGAUGAAAAAGUUGAGGGGCGCUAGUGGCUACGGUGGCUCGCAAAACUUGGAGAGAAAGUCACGGUAUCGCGACGAAAAGGAAGAGACAGAAGAGAAGUAUGAUAUGGUGUUCAAUCACGUUGGAGAUUAUGAGAGUGAGUUACGAAAACGUCAUGCUGAUGAAAAGGACGGUGAGCGAUAUCAUGGUAAAGCAUACGACAUCGAUCUUGACAAGCGUAGUAAUAGAAUGUCAGAUACAAGUAAAGAUCGUGAUAAAAUACAAUCCCGCCGGAGGGAUGAUAGACCAGCAAAGUACUCAUCAAGACGUUCGAGUCAAGGGAACUAUCAAGGGAGCGAAGGAGAGAUAGAUGGUAGGUACGAGUGUGAAAUAGGGGAUAGAGUUUGUUGA